AUAUUGCUGCCAGAAGUGAAGGAGGCAGAAAGUGCAGCUGUUGCUGCUUUUCAGAAUCUUUUACUAAGAUGCCCUUUCAAAACAGUUCUUCUUGGACAAGGAAACAGAAAAUGAUUUUGACAGGGGCGAUAGUGUUGUUUUUGGGCACCCUGACUGUUUUUGUGAUUAUUGGACUGCUCAGGUUUGGAAAGAAGAAGACUCCCGCUGCAGAAGAACAGCAGUGGAAAGGCAAAGGGACCACUGAACACCUGAUGGAAAUUGUCCUAGGAAGAUGUUACAACUUCAUCAAUACAAUAAAUUCUGAACUCAGAAAUAAAGAUUGUCUCAGAGUAUGGAAACUAUUUGAACAGGCCUUUCUGUACAAGGACCCAUGCAAUGUGACCAUAGAAGAUUACCAGCCUUUAAUGGACCUAGCAAGAUAUCCCAUACCAUGCAACAAGUCCUUAUUUUGGAGCAAAACAAAUGACCUGGCACAUCAUUACACGAAAACAAAUCAUGAUUUCCUCACCUUAGAAGAUACUUUGCUAGGCUACAUAGCAGAUGGAAUUACCUGGUGUGGAAAUCCCUCUGAUUCAGGAGUCAAUUAUGAAUCUUGUCCAAAACGGACUGAGUGUGAAAAUAAUCCCAGUUCAGUAUAUUGGAAAUUGGCCUCUAAAAUGUUUGCAGAAGCAUCCUGUGGAACAGUCCAAGUGAUGCUCAAUGGGUCAGCAGAGACUGGAGCAUUUAGAAAAAGCAGCAUUUUUGGCAGUGUUGAAAUUGUUAACUUAAACCCAGAGAAAGUUUCCAAGAUGCAGAUUUGGCUAAUGCAUGAUAUUGACGGACCUCAGAGGGAGUCUUGCACAGGGCCUUCCAUUGCACAAUUGAGAGAGAUCUUGGAAAACCGAAAUAUAAGUGUCUCCUGCGAAGACAAUUACAGGCCGGCACAGUUACUUCAGUGUACUAGAAACCCCAACCACAAGGCCUGCACAAUUUGUUCCUGAAAUCAUGGUAUUGUUGUUAACCAAAUAUUAUUAUUAAUGAAAUGCAGUAUAGCAUAUAAUUUAUAAAGAAGAAACUAUAGAAGUAGAAGAUGGUAAUAAGCAAAAUCUUAGCUAAUCUUUUGUUGCAUUUGUACAGGGAUAUUGCAUAAGCUGUUUGCAUUUGCAAAAUAAGAAUGAAAUAAUUAGAAGUGAUUUAUAUCUUUCCAAAAAUAAUGAAAACAUUCUUAUUAGAGGCCACUUCAAAAUGUGAGGGUUAUGUCUAUCAGAGAUCAGAGCCAUCCCAAGUCUUCCAUUUGAUAAUAUGAAUCUUCAGACCUAGAAUUAAGGAAAAUUUUCCUGACAGUGAGAACCAGUGGAAUGGAUUACCUUUAGAAGUUGUGGGUGCUC